AUGGGUCGCAAAUUAGCUUCCUUUGCGGCCGCGAUCGAAGUCAAGGGAAAGCAGUUGGACCAGACAUUCAAGGCUCUAAUCGAAGAAAUCCGACCAAACCCGCUUGCGGCAAAAGCGAAUGCUACCCUCGUUCUUCGUCGAAACCAAGAGCUACUCGAUCUCCAGAAACAAAUCAUCAACUUCAGGAGCGAGGUCGUGGAUCGGUUUGAGAGUGGCAUCACGGCGUUACAUCAGGUGCUUCCGAACAUCAUUCCCUCGUAUAACCUGAGUUUCCAUCUUCACCUUGACGUCUUGGAAUACAGAGUUGUCGGUGUGCGCCUCGCUGAUGCCCUGAAACUCUCAAAUCACCUUCUCCCUCUGAAAGACCCGUCCUUUGGAGUGCAACGUCUAGGCCUCAAGAUGAUCCAGUUUGCCUACAAGGAAUCCGUUUCGUGCGUCAACUAUUGUCAAGGUGCACUGGAGAAUACCUUGAUCGGUACCAAUCCGUCCAUUGAAGCUGAGAUUAGGGUGCAACAACUCCAGUUCAUGCUCUUUGCAAAGUCAACAAGAGCUCAGCUUUCUGGACUUGGGCAUCCUGUCAACGACAAUACGGUGAUUAUGGACGGGGCAACAGUCAAGGCUGGCUUGGAAGCGGUAAGCGCAAUCAGCCGCCGAUCCCCAGGGACGUGUGCCGGUUUGAUGGCGACCGCGCAGGAUAUUGCCACAGCCUUCGAGUAUCAAGAUGGUUCGGAGCCGUCGUCAAUCCCAAAGAUCAAGAACGACUACACAAAGCAGGUCGAAAACCUAUGGGGCCGUCAUGAGCUUGGAUUCCUGAGCAUGUGCAGCCGGUCGCACCCUUAUUCGGCAAAGACUUUCUCUGAUGGCUGCCCCAAUUGUGAGAAGCAGGCUCAACUGUCAGCUGAUGAGGUCUUCCGCGAAUCUGGGAAGCACCUUUUUGAGCAGAAGUUCUUGCGGUUCAUGCAUUCCGGGUCUCUGGAGCCUCACAAGCCCGAAUGCCCUGACCCAGAAAGCUCGAAAUCAGCUGUGCAGUCGGUUGAGCAGCCUGGCUUGGAAGCAGACGCCACCAAUGCAGUCGUGAUGGAAUUGACGCUCGAAGAACGAUUGGAAAGCUCAAAAUCAACUGAGCAGCUGGCUGUGCAGCGUGUCUUGGAAGCAAACGCCGCCAGCGAAGCUGUGAUGGAGCUGACCGCCGAAGAACGAUUUUUGGCAGCAAUGAGGAAAGGACCUCCGAAGAUACUUGCUGGAGUGCCUUGCAACGCAAUGAAACCGCAGAACGAGGAGGUUGGAAAAGAAUUGGCUGGAGGCGUGGACAAUGAAGCAAGGACGAAGACGACGCUGGCGGUGAGAAUGGAUAAACAGGAGUUAAUUCGAGUUGAACCAGAAAAAGAACUGACAAUGGAGGAGAAAUUUCUUGUGGCUAUGAGAAAGAUUGGCAAAAACUGA